GCGGACAGUCUGUUGCAGGUCUUCAAGAAUGGCAAGUUAUUGCUCCAAUGCAAGCUAGACAGCCAACCCAUAGAACCAGAAUUGAGAGUCUUCCUAUCUUCCAGCAUCGUGACUGCCUGGGUCAAGUCGAACCGUUUCAUGGGACGGUCGAGUUCCUUCGUACUUAUCAGUUCACAUAGCUUGCCGUCUACUGGUGAUACUGUCUCCUUGAGUGUCGGCAUGCUCCUUGGCGUUUGGACAGCCUAUACAGACAUGAAGAAACUGGCCAUUCUGAUUGGCAUGGAUUAUGCACAGUUGUUGAUAUUCAGCAACUCUUUAAUCUAUUGGCCGACCCAAGGGGUGCUGACCAAUUGGAAUCCCAACCGUGUAAUCGGGGUACAGACGACCCUUGAGAUGGACAACUUCGACACACCUGAUGGGGCCAUUUGUACUUCGGGAAGUCAAUACUCCUUUGUCAUCUACCAAGGUGAUCCUGUAGGCGAGGGAGGCUUUUCCAAUCUGGAGUCUGCUUGUCUGAUUGACGCCUCCACGUGUGUCGGUUUUAUCUUCACCAUAAAAUUAAAAUUUUCCAGUUUUAUUUCGUCGAAUCAGCCAGCCGACCCGACCGUCGAAACAACCAGAGCUGAAAUCUUUCGCUCAUUGCCACCGUCUGCGUCGAUAUCCAAUGCGACGGGUCUCUUGCUCGCCUUUACUGAGAACGGAGAGAUGAUUCAGUUGACUGUGAACACGGAAUUUCAGGUCUGUAAGAGUGCUACGGUGAAUGUCUCCCUUCUCGGAGAUGCCAACUCUUGGUUGCAAAUACAUGGAAUAUGGUAUUAUGACCGACCUCCCAGUAUUUAUUUGAACAACAAAGAAGUGGCCGCCAGCAACGAUGGCCUCUGUCAGCCGGGCCAAUUCACCGCACAAAAUAACAUUGCCGCAUCAAGUGACAGCACUAGUCUCUUCCCCCAGAUGACAGCGGGCCUUGGAAGUGAAAUAUGCAUCAGUGACCUGGCGUACACCAACAUAGCACAGAAUAGUGAUGCCGAACUUCUGAUAGGAGGAAUGGGUGUCACCUUGUGCUAUACUGACACAGCAUACAUCUACAGUCUUCAGGGUGAAAAGACGGGCUAUCUGACGCAAAGUGGUACCACGACAAAGGCAACCGGACUACGAGAGCAGAAGCCCGGCCAAGUUGCGGGUGCAUUGCCAGCUUGCUUUGUAGAGCCGAAACAAUGUGCCACGACAGGGCUCACAUUGUCUAUCUACGUGAACGCACAUAACUUGACUGGUUGCUGGGACACGAACUCAUCUAGCAAUAAUGAUGGGAACAAGGUAGACUAG